ACUCAUGCCUGUUUGAAGCAAGACUAUGAAGACCGAAACACACCGGGCGCCUAAGGCACCACUCCCCGCUACCUACCGAGGUGCCUCCUGCAGGCUCCUUACCGCAAGCCUGCAAACUCGCCCUGCCGGGCGCGGAGUGCAAUUAGGCUUUGGGGUGGUUUGGCUCUCCGGCUUUCCGUAGCCUCUGGCCCCGCCCCCUAGCAACGCGCUGGCUUGUGUUAACAACCGGCCCGGGAUCAGAGGCCUGGCAACGGGGGGGGCGGCAGCGGCGCUAAGCGGACUGUAUGGCGGUGGCCUAGGCCCCUGGCGGAAUUUUGGGACCUUUCGCGACUCUAGCGACUCUCAGGCUGCCUUCCCUUCUCGGUGGCGGGGCCUCUUUGGGCCCAGCGGCUGCGGGCGCACUGUAGGACAGGAAGAUCCCCCCACUCUCCACCCCGCCGCCACCGGCCAUGUGGACAGAGGAAGCCGGGGCGACCGCCGAGGCCCAGGAAUCCGGCAUCAGGAGCAAGUCUAGCAGUUCCAGUCAAAUCCCGGUGGUUGGGGUGGUGACGGAGGACGACGAGGCGCAGGGUGUUUUCAAGCCUAUGGACCUUAAUCGUGUCAUCAAACUCCUCGAAGAGACUGAUAAAGAUGGCUUGGAAGAAAAACAACUUAAAUUUGUCAAGAAACUGGUACAGUGUUAUCAGAAUGGACUUCCAUUAAGGGAUUUAGCACAGAUAUUUAAAAUUCUGAAUCUGUGUUCAGGAAAAAUAAAAAACCAGCCUCGUUUUAUAGAAUCUGCAUAUGAUAUCAUAAAACUGUGUGGCUUGCCAUUUUUGAAAAAGAAAGUGUCGGAUGAAAUAACUUAUGCUGAAGAUACUGCUAAUUCAGUUGCACUUCUGGGUGACUUAAUGAAAAUACCAAGUUCUGAAUUGAGGAUACAAAUUUGUAAGUGUAUUGUUGAUUUUUAUCAUGCAGAACCACCAAAGAAGCAUAUUCCAGGUUACCAGCAAGCGAGUUCAUCAUACAAGAUUCAAAUGGCUGAAGUUGGAGGAUUAGCAAAAACAAUGGUCCAGUCAAUGACCUUGCUCGAAAAUCAACUUGUUGAGAAAAUUUGGGUACUUAAAGUUCUGCAGCAUCUCUCAACUUCUGAAGUUAAUUGUACCAUAAUGAUGAAAGCACAAGCAGCCAGUGGAAUCUGUACUCACCUCAAUGACCCAGAUCCCUCUGGACAGCUUUUAUUUCGUUCAUCAGAAAUACUUUGGAACUUGCUGGAAAAAUCUUCAAAACAAGAAGUCAUACAACAGCUUAGUAACUUGGAAUGUUUGCUGGCUUUGAAGGAAGUAUUUAAAAAUCUGUUUAUGAGAGGUUUCAGUCAUUAUGACCGUCAGCUUAGAAAUGACAUAUUAGUGAUCACUACAAUUAUAGCUCAAAAUCCUGAAGCACCAAUGAUUGAAUGUGGCUUUACCAAGGAUUUGAUACUGUUUGCCACCUUUAAUGAAGUUAAAAGUCAAAAUCUUUUGGUAAAAGGACUUAAGCUUUCUAAUUCCUAUGAAGAUUUUGAGUUGAAGAAAUUACUGUUCAAUGUAAUUGUGAUCUUAUGUAAAGAUUUACCUACUGUACAGCUAUUAAUUGAUGGCAAAGUUAUUUUGGCUUUGUUUACCUAUGUUAAGAAGCCUGAGAAGCAAAAAAUAAUUGACUGGUCUGCAGCACAGCAUGAAGAAUUACAACUGCAUGCAAUUGCCACUUUGUCAUCAGUGGCUCCUUUAUUAAUAGAAGAAUACAUGUCAUGCCAGGGAAAUGCUCGAGUCCUUGCAUUUCUAGAAUGGUGUGAGAGUGAAGAUCCGUUUUUCACUCAUGGUAACAGUUUUCAUGGUACAGGUGGCCGAGGCAACAAGUUUGCCCAGAUGCGUUACAGUUUAAGACUCCUGAGAGCCAUGGUCUACCUUGAAGACGAGACUGUAAACAAAGAUCUUUGUGAAAAGGGAACAAUUCAGCAAAUGAUAGGAAUCUUUAAAAAUAUAAUAAGCAAGCCUAAUGAAAAGGAAGAAGCCAUUGUUUUGGAAAUCCAGUCUGAUAUAUUACUUAUCCUAUCUGGUCUUUGUGAGAAUCACAUUCAAAGGAAGGAAAUUUUCGGAACUGAAGGAGUAGAUAUAGUUCUUCAUGUGAUGAAAACAGACCCCAGGAAGUUACAGAGUGGCUUAGGCUAUAAUGUACUUCUUUUUAGUACAUUGGACAGCAUUUGGUGCUGUAUUUUGGGAUGUUAUCCCUCAGAGGAUUAUUUUCUUGAAAAGGAAGGCAUUUUUCUCCUUUUGGAUUUGUUAGCAUUGAACCAAAAAAAAUUCUGUAAUCUAAUACUUGGAAUAAUGGUUGAAUUUUGUGAUAAUCCCAAAACUGCAGCUCAUGUCAAUGCUUGGCAAGGGAAGAAGGAUCAGACAGCUGCUAGUCUUUUAAUUAAAUUGUGGAGAAAGGAGGAAAAAGAACUAGGAGUAAAACGUGAUAAAAAUGGGAAGAUCAUUGAUACAAAAAAACCUCUAUUUACUAGCUUUCAAGAAGAGCAAAAAAUCAUCCCACUGCCUGCUAACUGCCCAUCUAUUGCGAUUAUGGAUGUUUCUGAGAAUAUUAGAGCAAAAAUUUAUGCUAUAUUGGGCAAACUAGAUUUUGAAAAUUUACCUGGCCUAUCUGCUGAAGAUUUUGUCACCCUUUGUAUCAUACAUAGAUAUCUUGAUUUUAAAAUUGGAGAAAUAUGGAAUGAAAUAUAUGAAGAAAUAAAAUUAGAAAAAUUAAGACCAGUCACUACAGAUAAAAAAGCUUUGGAAGCUAUUACAACAGCAUCAGAAAAUAUUGGAAAGAUGGUUGCUUCUCUGCAAAGUGAUAUAAUUGAAAGCCAAGCAUGCCAAGACGUGCAAAAUGAACAAAAAGUAUAUGCAAAAAUACAGGCCACGCACAAGCAAAGAGAGCUGGCUAAUAAAUCAUGGGAAGAUUUCUUGGCUAGAACAUCAAACGCUAAAACGUUAAAGAAAGCAAAAAGUCUUCAAGAAAAAGCUAUAGAAGCCUCCAGAUACCAUAAACGACCACAAAAUGCAAUAUUUCACCAAACAGAUAUCAAAGGCCUUAACACAACGGUGCCCUCUGGUGGGGUAGUAACAGUGGAAAGCACUCCUGCCCGAUUAGUAGGAGGACCUCUGGUUGAUACGGAUAUUGCUCUUAAAAAACUGCCCAUUCGAGGAGGAGCCUUGCAGAGGGUGAAAGCAGUUAAAAUUGUGGAUGCACCAAAAAAGAGUAUUCCUACGUAAUAUACUAUAGAGGCUUUUUGAAAUAAAGUCAGCUUGUAAUUUUUUAGCUGAAUAUAUCUUUAUACAUAUGUAAAGCCAAUAUUUUAGAAUAAGUAUUUUAGUAUAAAUAUUUUAGUAAAAUACUAUAAAAAUAAAAGGACAUAUAAUUUAUUUUUAUGGAAAACAUCAACAUGUAAUAUCAGAAGAGUUGUCAUCAGUUUCUUUGGAAAGGCUACCAAUUUUACUAAGUGAAAUUGUAAAACAUAGUACAUCAGUUAGGACUCUGUUGGUUGCAUGUGAACUAUUCUAACUAGUUUAAGUCAGAAAAAAAAUUUCUUACAGGCUCUCUACCUAUCAAAUCUAGGAGGAAUUUAGACUACAGGCAUUGCUGAAUCUAAGGACUAAAACUAUAUGAGUAGGAUCUUCUCCUUCCCUAGCAGCUCCUGGCUUACAUUCUCUUAGGUUCAUGCCUGUGUCUCUGUGGUUUCUGCAGCUGCCUAUGCAUCUCAGGACCCCUGAUUGCCCACAUGCCUACAGUAGUCCUGAGCCAUUCACCAUGACUUUGGCCAUGGCUGAGUAAUGCCUCUUCCUGGAGCCAGAAGCAGGGCAACUCCAUCCAAAAUAUACGGAUAGAGUGGGGAAUCAGGGUACUAUUAUCAGAAGCAAGUGUAUAUGAAUAUUGGGCAGCAAGAUAAACAAUAACUCUGCGACAAGUAUGUUCGUCAAAAUAAAAUUAUGUUUUCUCUGCUAUAAAAGCAAAUGUUAGUCAUGAGCCAAAUGGUAAAAAAGAAAAAAAAUACAGCUGGUUUUACUCUUAAUAUAUAAAUAUACAAAGCAAACUCUAAA